GGCAAAGCUGGCCAGCCGGGAAUCUUCGUCGUCCUUCUUCAUUGCAUGUUUAUCUCUCUCUGAGCCAGUGUCACCCAUCGUCCCGCACUUUUCGUCCACAUCGCGCCCCCCUCCAGUGUUAUUUUCGUACUUCGGGACACGGAACACGGGACUUGGGUCGUCCGUCGCAUUUUGUGUCCAUGCUCAGACAGACAAACGGCGAUGGCCUUGCUGGCGAGGAAAAGGGGGGCGGCGGAGGCGUGAGCGGAGCGGGAAUCGGCUGAUUCUGCGUGCUUGUGGCAGCAUGAGCAGGACAGCUGAGGCCUCGAUGGCCCACUUAAGAGCCAGCGGGAUUCCUAUCUCUUCCAAUCAAGUGUUCCCCGCUCUCCCACCGUGAUGAUCCUGCUCCUCGCCCUCUUGUUCGUAGGCCUCGCCAGCCUUCCCUCCCUGCACGUGAGACUAUGGAGGGCCAUAGUCGACCGCUCUACGGAGGCCGAGACGGCCAUGUUCGACGCCGAGCGCUUCUCCGAGCUGUCCGCGCGUCGAGGCACGGCCGACGAGGGCAAGAAGCGCGAUGCGACCUGCGUCAUCAUCGGUGGCAGCAUCGCGGGCUGCAUGAUGGCUUGCGUGGCCUCGCACCACUAUGCGCGCGUCGUCAUGGUCGAGCCGUCGACGGACGAUGCAUCGCGGCGCUCGAGGGUGAUGCAGUACGACCAGGUCCACAUCUUUUCCAACUUUGCCGUCGAGUCACUCCAUCGGCUCUGGCCGGGCGCCUUUGAAGCCGGUGCCGUUGCGCGUGGUGGCCGCUUCGACGACACGUCCACGCUUCGCUUCGAGCUGCUGCUGGGUGCGCACCUGUUCCGCUGGGACGAGCGGGCGCCGCGGUUCGGGCCCUCGGGCAAGAACGCACUGGCCAUCUCGCGGCCCGUCAUGCAGGACCUCUUGGCCGACCUCGCUGCGCACCACACGCCUGGCGUCGAGGUCAUCCGUGGCCGGGUGACGGGCAUGGCGUGUGACGGCAAAAGCGGCCAGGUGAGCCAGGUGCAUGUCGUGCUCCAUGAUGGCCAGCCGCGGCCAGCGACGACGACGACGACGACGACGACACUGAACUGCGGCCUGCUCAUUGACUGCUCAGGGCCCGCGCAGGUGUAUCGACGGCUGAUUCGGGGCGAUGGCCGUUUUACUGAGCCGCAGCGCGAGAGCUAUCGGAUCAACAUUGCCUAUGCCUCGGCCACCUUUGCGCUCGACGCGACCAUCCGCGACCGCAUGCCCCUGCCUGCCACGACGGCGGCCUCUCGACCCACGUGGGGCCAGGCUUCGCCCAUCAGCUUCUCCUCGCCGCUCCUGACGGAGCAGAGCAGCUACGCGAGCAUGGCGCAUACCGACGGCGACAAGUGCUACCUGGGCUGGAUGAAGUACGACGCGGCUGCACAGGAGAUGCCCACGGACCUGGCGACGUUUGGCAAAUGCAUGCGGGCCACUUACCGGGCCAACACGGGUGCCGAGCCGGGCGCAUGGUUCGACGAGUCGAUGGCGCUGCUGGCAGAGAAUGAGGCUGCGACGGGGAACAAGGUGCGCUUCGUGCAUGCGCGCGGACACGACUCGUACGUGUGCCGCAUCGAUGCGCGCAACCGUAGGCUGCCGGCCAACCUCGUUCUCGUCGGCGACUCGUUCUGCAAGCUCAACCCGGCGUUUGGCCAGGGCACGGAAAAGGCCAUGAUGGACUGCCUCGCCCUGUCGACGAGCCUCGGCCGCUGGCAGGCCAUGGCCGAUGUGAUGCGCGACUUUGAGGCCAGGCGGAGGACCAAGACGUACACCCUCUUUGGCUUCAACCGUGCCCUCGAUCUGGCGAGCCCCGAAGUGCGCAAGCUCAAUCCCACUCUCGCUGCGACGACGGGCAGGGCUCAGCGCACCGUGCUCCGCACCCUGCUCAGAUACCUGGACCGCUACGGCGAUGUGGCCCGUUCCAAUGUCCUCGUCGGCGUCGUCUUUGGCGCCACGGGCUCGGCAGCCCUGCUGCAUCCCUGGAUGCUCGUCGCCGUCGUGUGGGGCCUGUUCCUCGGUGCACGGUAGAGUAGCGAGAACAAUGACUAAGUCGGUGCGAUCGAUGUAGCAUUUAUAGAGCGUAAAAGCACGAAUGAGAUGGUGGAUUGCAGGAGCG